AUGUUUAAUAGUGUAUUUAAGACAGGUAUAUAUGCGCACUAUACCGUCAGCUCAACUCCAAGUUUCACCAACACUCCUUGGACAAUCUACAAUGCAAAAAGUACCAAGACAAAGCAGCCAUGUUCAUUGUUCAAAUUUGAUAAAAAGCUCUUUGAACAAUACGUUUAUAGCAGCUCCAAUAAUUCAUUCAAUAAUCUCAGCAGAUCAACAUACAAGAUGAUUUUGGCGGAAGCCACCAACUAUAUUAGAGCUUAUGUCAACAACAUGAUCAAGUUCAAGCAUCCAAAUAUCUUAUCGGUUAUUGAACCUUUGGAAGAACGUCAGAAUAGCAUGAUCUUUGUCACUGAGUUGGUCAGUACUGAUUUACAGAAUUUUGUGAGGGACCAAAUUAGUAAAGGGGAUUACAGCGAAAACCAUUUGAUUUUGAUUAAUGGGUUGUCGCAAGUCUGUGGGGCUAUGGAAUUCUUACACAACAAUGCCAACGUCAUCCAUUUAAACUUAAUUCCUUCCAGUAUAUUUAUAACUGAGAAACUUGAUUUCAAACUUUCUGGUUUCAAUUUCAUUGAGAAAUACGAUCCAAACAAUAGUAGUUAUAACUUUAUCAUGUCUGAUGAAAGGUUUCCAAAGUUCUUGUCAAUAAAUUACGACUAUAGUGACCCUUCGUUAGUAAUUGAUCAUGAAUUGUCAUAUGCCAACGAUAUGUUUUCGUUGGGGUGUCUUAUCUAUCAUUUGUUGAAUGACAAACCUGGAAGAAAGAUUAUGAACUCAAAUAAUGAUAUGUAUGACUAUAAAGCGGCCGCUAAUAAAGUUAGAACAGGAAAUAUAAAGUACCAUUUCAGUGAAGAUUUCUUGAACGCCAGCUUUAAAAAAUUGAUUGAUAAUAAUUCCAACAUGAGAUUCAGCAUAGAAGAAUUUAAAAGUUCUAGUUUCUUCAAUAAUGAGCUAUUGAACUCCUUGGAUUUCAUUAAUAAUUUCAAUUCAAAGACUUUACUCGAGAAAAAUGUCUUCCUAAAAGGCUUCAAUGCCAGAAAUUAUUUUGCGAAAUUCCCAAAAUUUAUUCUUAUUGAUAAAUUCCUACCAAUUUUGAAAGAGACUAUUGCUAGUAUCUCUAAUCUUGUGAUUUUCCCAAUAACCUUGACCUGUAUUUUGCGAAUCGGGAAGAAUUUAUCCAAUCUUUCCUACAUCAAUUUAUUAUUGGAAGUCUUCAAACCAAUCAUGAUUAAAACCAACAGCAAAAAGGUGGAAUUAAACAUUAUAUGUUUCACAGAAAUUGAAAUCAUUAUCCUUGACCACCUAAAGACUAUCUUGAGUAAAAUUAAUACCUCCACUCCCGCGAGUUUUAAGAAGGUGGAAAAAUCGUUUUUGGUACCAUUAAUCAACCACAUAUUGGCUGACGGAGCCAUGUCUAUUGAGCAGAUACAGAAUGAGGCUAAUAGUAACGCUAUUCAGAAUGCUUUUAAUACAGUCAAGACUCUUGGCCAAGUAUCACCCGAAAAAUUGAAGAUUCAAGAAAAGUUUCUAUCAAACUUAUCACUUAUCAUUUCGACUUUGAGUAAACAAAAUGAAGCUAACGCUUCAAGUGGCACUGAUAAUGGAGUGGUUGGGAGCGUCACUAAUAGUGUCGCUGGUGUUGCAAAUGCUCUUUCUGGAAAUAUUUCAACCAUCAAAUUUAUUGAAAAUGAGAUUUUUCCAAAAGUGUCGCAACUUUUUAAAACAACUGCAUCUUUGACCAUUAGAGUGGAGGUGAUAAAUAAUUUUAUUAUUUUGGUUAGAGACAGAUCACUUUCUUCAACAUUUGCGGCGAAGAAUAUUAUCCCAAUGUUAAUUGGUAUUAAGCAGAAAAAUAAUCAAUUAGUUUUGAAAGGAUUAUUUGAUUUUUACAGCCUUUAUUACAAUAUCGAUGAUUUAUUUGAUAAAGAACUAUUAGUGGGAACAAUAUUACCAGAAUUGUUGAAAUUGGCAUUUAAUAGCAACGAGUUGACAAUUGAGAAAUUCAACGAGUUCUUCACGUUAAUUUUACAAUUCGAGAAAAAACUCAAGGAAAAACAAGUACUCUACUUACAAAAAUUCGAUGAGAAAAAUACAAUCAAGAAUCAGAGUAUGAGAUAUUCUAAUAAUGAUAAUGAUUUGAACAGUCCACUUGGUUCGCCGAUUAAUGAUGAGCAAGCUGCGACUUUUGAAUCCAUUCUCGGUGGUAAUAAUAACGGCUCCCAAAACUUUGCCACCAGCAACUCUUCAAAUGAUGUAGCUAAUAUGAAUUCGAUGUUUGCAAGCUCUAUUAACCUUGAUUCUCAACAGGAACCUAAAAAGAUUCCCAAAAGCACCCCUGGGGCUUCUACUGCCAACGUGCUAACACCAUCAAGAAAACCAUCAUCAAAUACAAUUCGUCAUCAGCCUCUGUUUGGGGCCAUGACCCCAACUAACCAGAUGGGCUCUCCAAGCUCUGUGGAUGCGCCAUCGUUUGGAAUGACGAGUCCAACAAGCACUUUCGGAGUCAUGCAGCCGACAUUAUCUACAAUAGAACCGACAAAAAGCACAACGACGACAAUUCCAGGAAAUUCUUCCAGCUCCAAUAUUGAUUGGUCUCUGGAAUCCACAAAGAUCAACUCUGGGAGACUUACUAUGGCGUCCAAUAACGUAUUGAAACCAAAAACUAAAUCUGUAACAAGUGGGACUGCAACAUCAACUAAGAAUUUUCCGCCGGGGUUCUCCUCUGGGUUGAUCCAACCUACCAAACCAAACAAUAAUAAUAAUAAUAAUAAUAAUAAUAAUAAUAAUAAUAGUGAUAAUAACAGUGAUAUUUUCAAGAAGGCUUCAGACGAUUUCUUCGAUAGUUUUAUAUAG